AUGUAUGCCGCCGUAAAACCGCUCUCGAAGUAUCUUCGUCUGAAGACGGUACGGAUAUACGAUCCGAUAUUUACGCUACACUCCAAAUGCACGAUUGUUAUUCUGCUGACGUGCACGUUCCUGUUGUCGGCGAAGCAAUACUUCGGCGAGCCCAUACUCUGCAUUAGCUCCGAGAAACAUACGGAAUACGUGCAGUCCUACUGCUGGACUAUGGGGACGUACAUAUUGCCGGGCGGUGCGGAGAACGAGACUGAACAAUCGAAGAUAUCGGACAGUUUUUUUGAAAGCAUGAGCAGCCCGAUUAACUUGACGAGCUUGCGCUCUCUGGUCGGACACAACGAGCAAUACGCGCGCAUCAUAUCCAUAGCCGAAGGAGUUGGUCCAGAGAAGCGGGGCGUUACGAAGCGCCUUUAUUUGCGAUACUACCAAUGGGUAUUCAUGAUACUGCUUUUUCAGUCCAUGCUCUUCUACUUUCCCUCGUAUCUGUGGAAGGUGUGGGAGGGACAGCGCAUGGAACAGCUUUGCUCGGAGGUGGGCGAUGCCUUAAUACUGGAGGAGACGUACCGAACCCGCCUCCAGAUGCUCACCAAAUAUUUCCGGGCCGAAUUCACGAACAUUCACUUCUGCUAUGCCACCAAGUAUGUAUUCUGCGAGAUACUCAAUCUGCUGAUCAGCCUGCUCAACUUCUGGAUCAUGGACGUCGUCUUCAAUGGCUUUUGGUUCAAAUAUAUCCACGCACUGGCUGCUAUACCUGUUUAUGAUUGGAACCUUUGGAAUUUGAUGACCUCGCGCGUCUUCCCCAAGGUGGCCAAGUGUGAGAUGUUCGUUUACGGACCAAGCGGUUCACCCAACAUUCUGGACUUCCUCUGCGUGCUCCCACUGAACAUUCUCAACGAGAAGAUCUUCGCUCUGCUCUAUGUCUGGUUUCUAUUCAUUGCCAUGUUGGCUGGCAUCAACAUAUUCUACCGAGCGCUGCUCAUCUGCAGCUCGGAGCUGCGUCUUCAACUGCUGCGCACCCAUCUGCGUGGCAUGUCCAAAUCGCAGGUUCGCAAAGUACUCUCCAAUGCGGGCUAUGGUGAUUGGUUCGUGCUCAUGAAUGUCGGCAUCAAUGUUAAUCCGACACUGUUCCGGGAGCUCAUGGAACAUCUCUACGAGCAGUGCCUUCUGCCUGUAGUGCGCCCAACCAGCCAACCCUCGAUCCGUGGCACCAGCGUGCCGAGAGCCAAGGACGUAAAUAGCGCGAACGGCGCUGACGAGAGUGAUACGAAUACCAAUAAUGGGGCGGAUGUGUUGGCACCUCCUCAAAUACCGAUCACCUUUAAUUUGCGGAGCGAUAACGAAGAGCAGAUGACCAGAAAUAGAUUCUUCAACGAGAGCCAGGCCUGACCCCCAAACAGAGACGAGAACACGAGCCUUGUCACUAAUUAUACCUACUUCAAAAUAACCGGAGGAGCAACUUCGCUACUUUUCCAGUACUUUUCUGGGUGUAUCAAACAACAAAGGUAAACACCGACGAGCAUCGAAAUUCAAAUAAA